CCCUCCAGCUUAAUUGUAAUUGUGAAUAAAGAGACUCUGUCCCUGCAAGAUAUUGUGAUCAUGAAUACAGCUGAUGAUAAUUUCAACUGUGUCCCAUCAAACUUGUCCAGUGUCCCAGGUUCCCUUUUUAACAUCCACAAGUGUUUUAACAAGGGUGUACAUAAUGUUCGAUUAAGUAAUAAAACCCUCUGUGGAAAGGAUUCCCCAGAAGAAGAAUGCCAAGGUUUUCCAGGAACAGACCACAAAUUCAGUGUAAGUGGGGAUGGAAAUAACUUGAAAGUGACUUGUGCGUCGUUGUGUAAACCAUCCCAGCAGGAUCUAUGUCCUGAAAGACCCCCUGAGAGCGAUGAAAGCGCUGGGAACAGCUUGGAAGCUGCACUAAAUAUUGUAGGAAACAUCUCAUUCAUAUUGGAAAGCAUGACCAGUUGCUCCACAGUAGCAAUAAAAAAAGGCAAAAUCAGAGGACUGGUACACAAACUGCCCGCCGAAGAACAAACCAGCAUCAACAUUGGAAUCACAUCAAAAAAUAUCUCCAUUCUGAAGGACAACAAUGAUUCGCAGACAGAGUUAUCUCUACUGGUUCAAGUCUCAAAAGAGGCCAGUGAAAUGGCAGUGAAAAGGGGCGGUUCAUAUGUUGGACUUUUUCAAGUCCCAGAAGUCUAUCAGGAUCUUCCUGACAGCUCGUUUCUGAACAACGAGGCUGUUGAAAUUGAAAUGGGAGCAGAAAUAUCCAAUCUCUCAGAGACCAUCGACAUUCAGUUCAGAAAUGUGGACAAGAAAGGAAAAGUCGCUUCUUGCAGGUCCUGGAAUGGCAAAGGAAAAGAUCCCAUAUGGAUUAAAGAUGGCUGCUACACAAAUGAGACAAAUGACACCGUCACAUGCCAGUGCUCUCAUCUGACAUUUUUUGCAGUACUAUUGUCUCCUCCACCGAGAAACAUCAGCAUUUCAGAUCUAAGGUCUCUUACUUACAUCACAUCCAUCGGAUGCGGCCUGUCGUUGUUUUUCUUGGUGGUGGCCAUCAUUAUGCACUGUCUCAUCAGGAAGAGGAAAGCAAGCCAAGCUACUCACAUCCUCAUAAACCUCUUCGUAGCCAUGUUCACCCUCAACCUGUCCUUCCUCACAAAUGAAAAAAUUGCAAAUUUAGGGAACUUUGGCGUAUGUGUGGCAAUCGCAGCGUUGCUGCACUACACUAUGCUGGCAACAUUUAGUUGGUUUUUAGUGGAAGCUCUGCACUUCUACUUUACUUUGCUGAAGCUUCCAUCUACUAUCAAACAUUACAUGAAGAAGAUUUGCAUCAUGGGAUGGGCCACACCAGCUAUUGUUGUGAUUCCUCUUCUGGCCUUGAAGAAAUACAAUUACUUGGACAUUUCUGCUGACGACGGGACUAAGGCAACCAUGUGUUGGAUCUCUGAUGCUAGUAUCCACCAGGGAGUGAACAUUGGCUAUUAUGCUGUAGUGUUCAUCUUCACCCUCAGCAUAUUCAUCCUAACUGUGCGACAGUUUUCUUUCCUCAAGCCCCCUCAAGUGAAAACUUGGGAAGGCAGCUCCAUUAGGUCAAACUCCUUCUCUAUCCUGGGCCUGUUCCUGCUACUUGGCCUCACCUGGGCCUUUGCUUUCUUCAGCUAUGGACCUCUGCUUAUAGUCUCGUACUACAUCUUCACCAUCCUCAACUCCUUUCAAGGCUUCUUUCUGUUCAUCUACUAUUGCUACUCCAGUAAAGCCAUUGGAGGGAACAGCAGUGCCACAGCCACCAGCAGCAGCAGCACGGCUACAUCCAACACAGCCAUCCCCUCUCUGUAUCAGUGAUGCUCCAUGGACAGGAAGUUCUCUGUAACUGACACAAGAGGGCAGCAUUUCCUUUACUUAGCCAAGUAGAUCUCUCAUCCUUGUAGUCUCUCCAGCUUUGUGUUUCUUACUGAAUGACUACCCUGACCUGAUGCGGCUAAUCUGGAUUACCUUCAUUGAGAAAAUUUCUCAGGCGCUGGCUGACAGAGGCGAUGGCGUAAUCUCCUGGAAGUCAUUUGCGUGGAUGACUCUGCGUCUUUACAGCAGCCCUGUCUGAGUCACUGUGAAACAUGCAGAGAAGAUUAUGAUUCACUCAGGUUAAAUUACAGAGCCAGUAAAUUAAAGCUUCGUCAUGCAUUGGAAUGCAGAGUGUAGAUGUUUAAGAUGUGAAAUAUUUCCUCUUUAUGACUGAUGUGGCCGUCAUGUGGAGCGAUGAUGGCAAAGAGCAGAAAAAACAAGGUGAAGGGAAGUCAUGUCUUUCUUAUAUUUUAGAGCGUUGGGAUCUGAGCUCGGCAGCGAGCGCUUUGCGUGCCUGCAGAUAAUUAUUGUGUGCCUAGAGAGAGCCGUAUCCACUGUGAGGGGAGCCUUAAACAGCUAACAAGAAAUGAGCUCAUGGCUACCUAUAGUGAUAGGAGGCCUCAGGCUCUACUGUUAUGUUGCAACAAUUGUCUGCAAUAUGACUGUAUUUUCAACUAGCAUUUAUAGCUUCUAAAAGGUACAUAAAGAUGAUAUUUUAAAGUUUUUUCUUCAUAUAAGCUCCAGUUAAAAUUUAGUAGGCUACUUAAGACUCUUUAAUGUGACUACAGGCUGUUAAUAUGAUUAAAUCUUAAUUAUACAUGACUUUAAGACAGUUUUCAAACAUUUUUCCCAAGGUGCACCUGAGAUCAAGCCAGAAUCUCAAGGCCCACCUUAUUCAUAUAUAACCAAAAAGAACAUCUUUAACACGUGUUACUGAAUCUUUAGUUGUAGCAAUAUUAUAUGGUUGUACAAAUUCCCACAGCACUCCUAGACUCGCAAGGGAAUCACAUCUGCCUUAUACAACUGUAUAUUUUUUAAAAUACAUUUUACUUCUGUUUAUUGUGAAAUGCUUCUUUGUAAUUUACAGUAUGAUACAUUUUUCACUUUUAUUCAUUAAUUUGUAUAUCUUUGGUUUAAGAUCUUAUGGAUACAAUAUUGUUAAGAUGAGGCUUGAGGAGGGUUUAUUCAGGCAUUGCAGCAAUGCAAAGACAAGAAAGAGGGAGCAAAUAAGAGGAAAUC